AUGUCUGGAUUUCACAGCAUUGGGAGUGGCUAUUCAGCCAACAGCGCCUUCGCCAUGAACACAACAAUGACGAACAGUUCGAGGGGGUUUCUACAGGCGGCCAAUGGCAACUCGACCUUCCAGGUCAUCAAUGAGUUUAAAUUCCUCGCCGCACGAUCGAUUCGCCAGUCCGCCAUAAUACUGUCUGUGUUCAACACCAUUUCGGCGUUCGCUGCAGCGUUGGGUAUUCUGUACGACUGCUACCAGAGGGCACAGAGGAAUAGAACAAGGGGACAGGCCAAACCAAGUAUUUUCACUUGUGUUAAAGGCGCCGAGACCUACCCUUUCAUAUUAUCUCUGGCUAUUACGAUACAGGGAAUCAUAUUCGCUGUAUCUCAGUCUCGCGGGUUGGACGGCCUCUUCGCUAAGGGCUGUUCAUUAAUAUCCCAAUUCAUGUGGCCAGCAAUCUUCAUCGUUCCUUACGUGCAGCUUAUUUUCGGCAUCGAGAUUGCGCUCCGUGGACUUCGAACGAAGCCGUUCCCUCCGAGAGGGAAGUGGACUGUAGCAAUAUGCAUGGCCGUUUGGAAAAUGCUACUUGUAAUCACGGGUUUAGUGGCCUUCUUCAUCCCGUCAUCGGAUUUCUGCUUUGCGUCUCUUUUUUGGUUCGUCGCAAAGUGGGCAGAAGGAGGGUUCGCGCUGUUCAUGACCAUCUCUGUUAUCUUGAUCGCAUGUGCUGUGAUUGUCUUCUUGAAAUUGACAAGACACGCUACGAUUGAAACGAGUGAAAGGGUUCAGGCGUCAAGGAUGGUAUACUAUCUUGCUGUGGGCAUUCUCUCCAACAUCCUCAUGGUACCAUUCUUCAUUUAUCUCACCUUCAACAACCUUGGUGACAUGGAUGGGGACGCCGGUCUCACCUUGUCAAUGAUUGCGACGGUAGUGGCCAAUGUCUCGGGGCUGAUGAACGGCGGGCUCCACUUGUUCUUCCGUUCGAACAUCAUCUCCACGAUUGGGCCCAGAGAUAAGAUGGCCGAGUAUGAAAGACAGCAGUUGAAACAUAAAAUACGCAAGGCCGACUCAAACGACUACGACUUCUCCAGCCAUGUACUGCAACCAGUCAGUGGCCCUCGUCAGCUUGGAAGGACAGCAAGUGAAGAGUCCCUUGUGCGUUACGAGAAAGAGGAGGAGUCCGUUGAAAAUCAAUCAUUACGCACAUACGGCUUCAGCCCGAAUCCCUCGAAGUCAAAUAGCGUGUUCCCAUCCACAACAAUACCCCGAGCCCCGGAACCGGCUCAGCUACCAGCCUCGACUUUGCCGUCAGCAGGCAUCCACCAACGGAGGCCUUCAACAUCCUACUCGUUAUUUCCGAGCAACGCAGCCAAUACUACCUCGGUGGCGAUGCUCCCAGCGACAACAUACUCACCCGUCGCAAAUACAAAUCCGUUCGACUUUGAGACCUUAAAACCGCCACCGUCAAUCAAGACAGGCGGCCGCCACAGAAGAGACUCAUCAAUGGCAUCAUCCGCCACAGUACAGAUCGGCUUGCGCUUCUCGAAUGUGGACGAUAUGCCGCCAAUGGCGAGUACAAUGGUCAAGAAUGCCGAGCAAGUACAUAACCUGGAUUGCCCGAAGGCACUGAGACCGAGCCCACUUGCAGCCUUCACAGGCAAUGAGCCAUCGAGUCCAUCAGAGCCUCAGAGCCCUGUGAGCGCGACCAGCUCACGGGAUCCAGUAAAAGAUGCAAGGAUGAAGACUCUGCCUCCUGUACCACGCGCAGUCACCCUCGCACAGGUUGACACUUCUCAGGGGCAAGAAGGACUCCUAAGUUCCAAAGUAUACAGGCCGGAAAGCCCCGUCAAGAAGAUCCCUAGCCCAAAGGGCGUUGGUUUCAACGUUCCGAAACGGGCGAACACUACGCCCGUGCAAGAAACAGCAACCAGCCCGCCGCCGCCCCGCAACCGUGGCAACUCAGACGUCGCUGAGCGUAGAGGCGACUGGAUCUGA